CCCUUGAUCGUCUGUUGCCACGUGGACGACGCUUGGCCGUCCGAUCAAGGAGGCGGCAAAACGGAGCCAUUGCUAUGGCGCAUCCUUGAUGAUCGAAAGCUCUUCGCAUUCUCUUUUUCUUAUUUAGCGAUGGCGCCAGAGCUGCGCGUUCUCGUCACUGCCUAUUCCUCUCCAUCAGAGGAGCAAUUAAAUGGGUCUCUUGUUCAUCCAAAUGCUGAUGAGCAAAUCGAUGGGUCUUUUGUUCAUCUUCGACACCCGAAGUCUGGGACUAAAGCUUGUUAUCUUUUGAUAAAUGGAACUCUCCAAGAACUCAACUGGUUCAAGCCUCGUUAUUCUUCUUGGUUUAUCGGAGACUCAGUGUGUGAAGAUGGAAGCUUGUAUUUGGGAUCGGUGGUCGAUCCUCUCUUCAUGGUUUUACCGCUGCUGGAAGAGUCACGAAUGACAAAGAAAGCUGACGAGGGCGGCUUGUUCAGAACGUUGGAGGACAUGAUCUACGUUGAAAACUUUCCUUGCUAUUCUCGCAUCAUCCCACUUUUGCCUGGAACACUCGAUGCUAUCUGUGACUCUCGAGAGCUACAAGAGACGAGGUACUACAGACUGAACGAUAACAAGGUUCUGGGAUGGCUUUCUUGUAAGGUAGAGCAGACGUCAGAAGCAUUAAAACUUCAUGGUUUUCAAGGCCUUGAAGAUCACGAACUCAAGAUUUAUUCCAUUGGAUUGCUUGGAGAAUACGUGAAAAGCGAGCCUUGGCUGCAGCGGCUUUGCAACCAUUUCUCGGUCGAUUUGGAAGCUUGUAGCAGAUCGAAGAAAGCAUCUAUGCCUGGGAGUGUGGUCCCAUCACAACCAUUUCGCGCCAAGCAAAGCUCCACCUCCAGCAACAAAAAGACGAAGAAAGUACCAGCGGCUAGCGCAGGAACUUCUAAGAUCACAAGCUUUUUCGCAAGGCCGCGCUAGAGAUCGAUUGAAGGAUUUGUAAAAGAGUAAAAUGAUACAAUUGUAAUGUUAGGUGACAGACAAGUUAAGUUUUUCAUACAGACAAUGUAGAUUUUUCUCCUCUGUC